CUUCACCUGCUCAUUAGAGAAAUAAAUUAUAUCGUGUUUACAUAGGCACUCGCAGAGCCGGUGUAUGUUGUUGAUAAAAUGUGAAAUUCACUGCAACAAUUAUGUUUUCGUAAUUGCAUGUGUUGACUUAGAGAAGAAAACGUAAUUUUUGUCAAUUUAUAAAUUAUUGGGACGGAAAAUAUGGAUUCACUACAUGAAGAUACUGAUCUGCCAAAGAAGAGGACACGAACAUUCCAAAAUAAACAGAGAAUCGCAGACAAUGAGGCGAAGAAGAUAUUGAGGGACUUCGAUCCCCAGCGCAGUGAACGAGAAAAACGUAAGAAUACUCAGCAGAUACGAAGACUCUAUCCAGGAAGCAAGAAGCAUGUGUUGUAUGAUGAAUCGGGAAUUUUCAUGCAAAAUGGAAUGAAUCUUUGCGAUUGUCUACGACUGGAUUGUCCUGGCUGUCAUUAUCCUUGUCCCAAGUGUGGAUCCGCCAAGUGCGGACAUGAAUGCAGAAUCCACAGAAGAUGGGCAUAUGAAUGUAUAGAGAAUGAAGGCAGUGACACAGUGACAAAAAAUCGUGACGUGAAGAAGACGUCCUAACGAGCCUCACGUCAUGAGGAUAAAGGUCAAUAUCAACUCACAAUGGCACGAUAAUUAUUGUAACCCUAACUAGGGCUCAGUCACAAAAUUGUUACUAUACGAAAAUAAAUAAUAGACUACCGAUUAUUAAACCAAA